AUGACCAUGCCCAAGAUGCAGGACUUGCCGGUCCCCCCCAAGGACCUGGCCGGGUACAUUGCUGCCCAUCCAGAGGUCUCCAUGUCGGACAUCUUGAAACCCUUCCGCCAGUACGAGGCCGAGCUCCGCACCGUCUUCGCCCAAGACCGUGCCAAUCCCGCCCUCGAGGACCCCCAUCUCAAUGUUCUUCCCCUGUUCAACCAAAACACCAAGCUCAUCACCACGCGUGCCCGCGACCUCGAGCAUGAGACCGACGAGGAAAAGAGUUGUUACAUCAUGCCCCUCCCGGCAGACAAGCGCCGUCCUCAUGGCUCGCCUGCAGUCGUGGGCUCUAUCAAAGAGUUCAAGAAGAAUUUCGCAAUUUUUUCAGAGUCUUCUCUCGCUGACCUCAAUUGGGACAACGUCGUGGCUGCCGGUUCUUCUGUCGUCAACUGCCUUGUGCCCGUCCCAGCCGAGUUCAACACCACCAAGCGCAAGUUGCGGGAAUACUACCAUGAGAAGUUCUGCCCCGCCUCGGACGUUGACUUGUUUCUCUACGGCUUGACGCACGACGAGGCAAUUGACAAGAUCAAAGAGAUUGAGCGAGCGAUUCGCGAUGCCAUCCUGACUGAGGUCACUGUCGUUCGUACCAAAUACGCCAUCACCAUUGUCUCGCAGUACCCUACUCGCCAUAUUGUCUUGCGCGUCUACAAGUCCGUUGGCGAGAUCCUGACCGGCUUCGACAUUGACGCCGCUGGUGGCGCCUACGAUGGCAAACAGGUUUAUGUCACUCCCCGUGCCCUCGGCAGCUACAUCACGCAGAUCAACCACAUCGACCUCAGUCGCCGCAGCCCUUCAUAUGAGAACCGGCUGUCCAAGUACAGCCACCGCAAUUUUGAGGUCUACUGGCCGGAUCUCGAGCGCAGCCGUAUCGAUCCCACAAUCUUUGAGAGGUCUUUCCAACGCACGCUUGGACUUGCCCGCCUGCUCGUCCUCGAACGUCUGCCCACAUCGUCGGCCCGCGAAACCUACAUGAAUAAGCGGCGCCAGGAGCGCGGCCGGCCCACCUUCCAGAGCACGGCCUACUACGGACGUCUCGGUGGCAAUAUCAAGGAUCACUAUGAGGACGAGGUGGCCGACUGGGUCGACGAAGGUGAUGUUUCCAACUACCACACCUUCACAGUGCCCUACGGCGAGAAGUUCCACGCCAAGAAGAUCGAGAAGCUAUGCUACACACGCGACCUGCUCCUCAAUGCUGAGUGGAACCAGCCCAAGGAGCGCGAGGUCUACCUUCAUCGCCACCCGGCCUUUUUUGGACGCGUUGAGGACGUCAUUGAGGACUGCUGCGGUUCCUGCCCAGCCCCGGUGACGCCCGAGGAGAAGGAGGCGGCUGAGAAGGAGGCCGAGAUCUACAUCUCGGGCAAGGUGUUGUUCCUGAUCGACAACCCUGGGCGCCAGCAGAUCGGGUCGUUCAACCCCCUGACCGAUGACGACUGGACCGACAUGGCCUACAUUGGCAACACGGCGCGGCUGUGCCAUAGCAUCAUCGACGGAGACGUUGAAGACGUCAAGAGUUGGCUUGCGCAGGAGGACGCGAACCCCAACAAGCGCGACUACACAGGCCGUUCGCCAUUACAUCUUGCCGUCAUGAGCUCUACGCCCGAGGUUGUGCGCUGCCUUGUUGACGGCGGCGCGCGCAUCACGGCACGGUUAGCGGAUGGACGCACGGCAUUGCAUCUGGCCGCCGAGGGAGGCAAGGCGGAGAUGGUUAAGAUCCUGAUGGAGAAGAGCACGGCAAAUGAAGAAGAAUACGAGGAGCAGCAGACCCAACUCAGAGCGGCCAAGUUUGGCGGUGGCAACCAUGACACCGGGGCUCAACACGCGAAGAAGGCCGGUGAAAAGGGAGAGGGAGACCAUAGAGAAGGAGAUGACGAGGACGAUAGCGAUGAGCCGGAUUCGGAAAUGGCCUCGGACUCGGACGCCGAAUUGCUUGACGGCGACGAGACGGAAGUUGACUCCGCCUCUAUUGCGACUGGCUCAUUUGUCAAGGUCAAGAAGGACGACCGGGAAGUCGGCAAGGACAUUGUGCCUGAAGAGGCCUUGGACGAGCCCGACUUCUACAAGAUUGAUGUCUUGUCCUGGGACAUCCCGUGCUCGCCAUUGCACUUUGCCAUUGCCGGUGGUCACGAGGAGGUCGUGAGCAUCCUCUGCGAGUUCGGUGCCGACGCAAUCCUUCCUGUCAAGUUCCUAAAUAGCGACAAGGAGCCAACCAAUGCCAUUCUCACACUUGCUCUUGCACUCGGCUUGCCUCUCGAGAAGGCCAAGUCUAUGGCCCGGCUACUCCUACGACUCGGCGCCAGCUCUUCGCAGGCUGAUCUUCACAGCUGCACUGCCUUCCACCGCUACGUCGAGCACGCCGAGACUGAGAUGAUCGACACGCUCUGGGAGCUCGACAAGUCGGGCGUCAAGGCGGCGCUGAACCAUCUGAUCCUGGGUAGUAGCUACUGGAGCCCUUCGGCCGUGUCACCGCUGCAUACGGCCAUCGGAAACCGCGACAGCAUUCUCGUCAUGAAACUGCUCGAGGCAGGCGCCAACCCAGACAUUGACUUCGAGAGCUGGCUCCGCGCGGCCAAAUUCUCGCCUAGCCUCGAGAAACAGCUGCAGUCCUAUGAGCAGAACAAGGUCCUGUACCACCGAUCAGUGGAGCAGCCGCUUAUGGUUGCGCUGCGCAGCUCCCCCGAGCCGGACGUGGCGUUGCGGCUGCUCGAAGGGGGCGCUGACCCCAACACCAUGACGCCCAUCUCGUACCAGCUGGUCAGGGAAGAUUGGCAGAGGGGCCAUAAAAAGGGCGAGACGGCGCUGGACGUGGUCCGCGAGUACAUUGAGAACUUGCGCAAGUAUGCUGGGGAAAAGUUCUCACAAUCAGCACCCGAGCUGCAGCAAGGCAUGGACGAGUACUUGGCCAGCCUGGAUACUGGCUCGUAUCUCUAUUGGCUAGCUUCUGAGGAUGUCAAGACCCAGAAGAAGUCGCACGAGGAAGCGAUGAAGAAAUACAAAGAAGAGGUCAAGAAAUUCGAAGAGCAAAGAGGGGUGGCCGAAAAGAAACAGGCGAUUGAGGAGGCUCUGGCUGUGAUGGAAAAGAUCGAGGCCUUGCUUUUGGAAAAGGGAGCCAAAACUUUCAAGGAACUCCACCCCGACAUCAAGACAGGGUUCUACGAGAACAACAGCUACAAUCGCGGCCGGCCGACAAUUGACGAUGUAAAAGGGGCCUACAAGUACUCCCUCACUUUCCACAACACAACCGACGUCACCGAGAAGAGCCGUCAGGCAUAUCAGGAGCUAUUUGAGGCCGCUUGGGCAGGCGACCUGGAAAAGAUCAAAUAUCUCACUACGACCUGCUGGGAUAAGGAUCAAACUGAGCCACCGCUCAAGAUUGCCGUUAAAGACAACACGAAUAGCAGCCCCGUGUCAAUAGCCUUCCUCCGAGGACACGUCGCCGUUGCCAGAGCCGCGCUCGACAUUGCUGAGGCCCAGUACUCGCCCGCCGAGAAGGAGAACAAACGGUUCCACAUGGAGCAAUCCAACAGAGACGGGGAUGACGACGAAGAGUAUGACUCGGAGGAAGAUGAUGAGGAUGACGAUGACGACUCGGAGCCGCGCAUCGUCUCGCGAAAUGUCGACAAAAAGUUCACCAUUGACAACAUUGGCCAAGUUUCCAUGCAGGUCAAGUCGCGCACGCGGCCACUGGAAAUGUUGCUCUGGAACUGCCAGACGUUCCACACUGACAAAGACAGCAAUGCUGGAAAGCCAAUUGCUGCCUGUGGCACGGCGGGGCUGCUGGAGUUCGUGAUGCAUCACGAUGACCACGCCGGACUCAAGACGCUGCUGGACUGGGGAGAGCACUUUGCGUCUCGCAAGCUUGAGGGCGACGAAGACGAGGACACACCAGUAACCGGAUUGUUCAACUUCCCCGAGAGGGAGUUUCAAUUUGCGGUGGAGAAUGGGAAGACGCAGAUGCUAGCCGAGAUCAUCAAGCGGACGGGCGCCGGCAUUCCGCUCGCGCAUCUGGUGAAGAAGAGCGGCGUGGAGAUGAAGGAGAAGCCCAAGUUCUACCAGGGCUUAACUGUCUAUGGCAAGAAAAGAAAGGACUGGGCCAACGCCGGUCGGGCCCUUGUGGUCAGAGCCACUGGGACUAAAGCACCACCGCUUCUGAACGCUGCCCUUGCCGUCAGCAUCGAAUCGGUCGAGUGGUUCUUUGGUGAUGCACCAUUCAGGCACUACGCCGAGUUUUGCAAUUCCAAAGCUGCCCUGGCAGAUCCGAGACUGAAGCACCUCAGCCAGGCCCCGGGAGGUUUGGAGAGGGCCGUCUCUCAAUGGCUCGGCGCGCAGAACGAAAUUGUCCUCCACCUCCCCGUUAUGGCCCGCCCAGGCCCCGAUGCCAACAAACUCAUCAGCUACAUCAUCCAGGCGCACCCGGAGACGCUUGAGGUUAAGAACUCGGACGGCGAGACGCCGCUCAUGACGGCCUGUCACUUCGGCCGCACUGACUUCGUGCGGCUGCUGAUCGAUGCUGGCGCCGACCAGUCGGUGCACAACAAAACCGGCGGCAACCUACUUCACACUGCUGUGUCCGGCUUACCGCGUGCCAAGCAGCUUGAGAAGCUCGUCCAACUCUUCGACAAGGACUUGCUCCCGCACCUCUUCGUCUCGCGCACGAACCUUCAGGCCAACACUGACAAUUAUGGCAACAGUAAAAGUGGCCAGACGCCGCUACACGCCUUCGUCUCGGCAACGGCAUCGGGGGGCCUCUACUCAGCCCGGGCAAACUAUUACAAAACCGAAGCAGAUUGGCUGGCCACGCUCGGCCUCCUGCUCCGCCUCGGUGGGCAGCAGCAGCUCCAAAUUCUCGAUGGCGCCGGAGACACGGUGUUGCACACGGCUGUCAUGGCCGGUUCCGCACCCCUUACACGCGCUCUGCUCACCGCGUGCCCAGCUUUGUUGUGGCGCGAGAAUGCUGUCGGCCGCACACCGGCCGAAGUGGCGCGCGACCGCAUCACCACUAUGCUGUUCCAUGCACCGCGUGUGCCUCAACUGCCCUCACGGAAUGAUAUGGCCAAGGCUAGCUCUCUGGUCGAGCGUAAGCCUGAGGAGCUUAUUUCCUAUUCAGAGAAGAAGAAGAAGUUGGCGGUUGAGAGGAAAGAGUCGGAUGCCGAGCUGGUGUGGAAGGUGUGCUCGGAGUUUAUGCAGAACCAGCUUCCGGGUGGCACUGGUAAGCGCAGACUGGUGAGCCUCGGUGAGGCUAAUGAUGUGGCCAAGCGGUUGGGAGAGCGGUACAGCUCGGCGAAGUACUUCAACACUCGGGCAAGGUGGCGCCAGGGUGGCGACGAUGAUGACAAGGAUGACGACGAGGAGGAGCCUCAAGACGAGGCCGAGAAAGAGCAGCGGGCGAGCGACCAGGCCGAUUUCAGCGUUGUUACCAAGAACAACAGGAUCUCAAGCAGGUGGCUCUGCGAGAAAUGUUUCCACAGUGGCACCAAUUGCCGCUGUACCGAGGACGACAACAAGGCUUGA